AUGACUAAAUCCUUCAGAAUGCUGAAUAAUGGAGCUGAUACUCUAGAGGAAACUCUGGAGUUUGGGAAAAGAGCAGGAGAAAUGUCUAGGGUAGGAUUUGUGGCUAAAGAGGAAUUCACUUCUUGGAUCAGGAGAUCAAAACCUGAAGCUUGUGUGACAAACCAGAUGUCAACACCAAUACUAGUUGGAUAUCCAAACCAAACUCAUCAAGCCAAACCAAAACAUGAAACUCUUAACAGAAAGCAACAGUGGGUGGCUAAGAAUGUUGCUCUAGUAGCACACACUUCUCUAAGAAUGCCAGCCAAGAAAGACUGGUACCUUGACAACGGUUGCUCAAAUCAUAUGACUGGAAGAAAGAACUUAUUAGUAGACAUCAAACUUGAUGGAACCAGUUAUGUGACUCUGGGUGAUGGAGAAAUAAGAGAAGUCAAAGGUAUUGGCAAGUCAGGAUAUCCUGGUGUUCCUAAUCUGAAUAAUGUCUUACUUGUACAAGGACUGGCUGCAAAUCUUAUAAGUAUCAGCCAACUGUGUGAUGAAGGGUUCAAUGUCAGGUUCACUAAAGAAUAG